AUGGCCCAUUCGUUCAAUAAAUUUUUACAAACUGUCAUCGCCGUGGAUGAGUUCGAACCUGAAGAGAUCGCGCUUUUUCUGGCGUUCCACAACCAAGAAAAAUCCGAGCAAAAGGCUGCCAGAAAGAAAUUCGCUCUUCAAGACAUCCCUGAUCAGCAGUGUGUCGACUGGUUCAGAUUCCAACGCGAGGAUAUCGAAUUAUUGCGCAAGGAGCUGCUCAUCCCGGAUGUGGUGCGUACUGAAUCCGGGUCGAUUUACGAAGGAACUGAAGCUCUGUGCAUUCUUCUCCGUCGACUAGCAUAUCCGUGUCGCUAUACAGAUCUGACAAUAAUCUUCCACAGAUCCAUAACGGAACUUUGUAUGGCCUUCCACUGGGUUAUUGAGCAUAUCUAUUGCCACUUCAUUCAUCUCUUGAAUACCCUGGAUUUGUGUUGGCUUACACGAGAUGAUUUGCAGGGCUUUGCUGAUGCAGCCCUUGCCAAGGGGGCGCCCCUGGAUAACGUUUGGGGCUAUAUCGAUGGCACUGUGCGACCGAUUUGCAGGCCUUCUGAGGGGCAGCGUGUAGUCUGGAAUGCACACUAUCGCAUGCACAGCAUGAUUUUCCAGUCUGUCGUUGCUCCAAAUGGCAUGAUCGUGAAUUUAGACGGUCCGUGGCCAGGAAGAAGACAUGAUGCAGGAAUUCUCGCCGAUAGUGGCCUAAUGGAUAAACUCCGAGAAAAAAUGGUGGAAAUUGGGAAAAAGUUUAUUUUAUACGGAGAUCCUGCUUAUCCAUCAAACGAAUACAUUGAGGCACCAUUUCGAAGACGCAUGGCGCCACUUCCGGAGGAUCAAGAGCAGUUCAACGAAGAUAUGAGCAGGUGCAGGAUAUGUGUAGAAUGGGGAUUUAACAAAAUUGUGCAGUAUUUUGCUUUUGUCGAUUUCUCGAAGAAUUUAAAAGUGCUGAUGCAGCCAGUGGGCAAAUUUUUUCUGGUAGCUGCAAUUCUAACAAACUGUCACACUGCUCUCUAUGGAAGUCAAACGGGAAUUUAUUUUGGAGUCGAUCCUCCUUCUUUAAAAGAAUAUCUGAGGAAUGUUAGGAUUAAUGAAGAUUAAUGAAAAA